UUUAAUUCCAAGAUUACAGAUACUCUUCUGAUCUCAUUCUCUUCUACCGCCAAGUGUCCUUGUUUACAUUUCCUUUCAAUAGAUGGUUUGUGUGUGUGUGUUAUUGAUAAAUAAAAUUGAAGAUAGAUUUUAACCAUUGUGACUGUUAGUAAGUUUGUUGUUAAAUGACCAUUGGCCUGUUCCAAUCCUUUAUAUGUAACAGGAAAAAUGUUGAGUUGAUUAUUAAUAAUUUGGAGCUCUCUACAGGUAAUGGAUAGUAAGCUUUUGCCUGUUUAAAUAUAAUGUAGACAUUUUCCCCCCCAGUAUUUUUAUUUCUUAAAGUCAUAACUUUUUGUGUUAAGAUCUGUAAGUUAUGUUCAUUGGCUUCUGAACUUUCUCAUAAUUAGGCAUGUUAAAUUAUAUUUUUAAAAAUUCUAUCUUAUGCUUCUAUCAACUUUAUUUUUCAAAUGUGCCUAAGUUUUACCUUUGCAUUUGGUUUGAGGGAGGACUCUAGCUUUUUCUCUCCCCAGUGCAUCACAAGUUUUCAUAACAAUUCAUUGAAUAAUUCAUUCUUUGGAUGGACUUCAGGAAUAUUAAUUGAAACAAAAUAGGUUUUUUAUCAGCAAACCAAGCAACUAAACUACCUAAAACCCUCUAAUGUAUCUUGGCUAAGAUAUUUUCAGUAUAGUUUACAUCUAAUUUUUGGUAUCAAUUAUUUUAGAUUUUCUAUUAUAUUUUUUAUUUGUUGUUAUUUUAUUUUUGUUAUUAUUAUUUGAUCUUAAUGGAUGCUGGCCAAGGAAAAGUUCACACAAUUAGGAUUGUCAUCUUUUUUCACUGACUCAUUUCUUUUUUCCAAAAAAUGUUCACUGAGCAUCUAUCAUGUGUUACAUAGUCUGCUGUAUGCUGGGAAUAGUCAUAAGCAAGACUGGGUCUUCAUGAAGUUCUCUUGUAAGGAAGACCAAAACAAAGAUUUCAAAGUCAAUUAUGAAGGAAAUUAAGUGAUGACAGAGGGUGUGGAGAAGUCCUAUUUUAACAAAGUGAUCAAGGAGCCCACUCUGAAGAUCUGUCACUUGAGCUAAGAAGUGAAGAGAUGCAAUGGCUCAUCUUGAUUCUGAGGUGAAAGAAGAAUGUCUGAGAGAAGACCUGAGGUUUUACUUCAUGAACCCUUGUGAAAAAUUCCGAGCCAGACAACAGAUUCCGUGGAAAAUGGGUUUGCAGAUUUUGAAGAUAGUCAUGGUCACCACACAGCUUGUUCGUUUUGGUUUAAGUAACCAGCUGGUCGUUGCUUUCAAAGAAGAAAACACUGCUGCUUUUAAGCACCUGUUUUUGAAAGGAUAUUCUGGUUCAGAUGAAGAUGAUUACAGCUGCAGUGUGUAUACCCAAGAGGACACAUAUGACAGCAUCUUUUUUGCUAUUAAUCAGUUUCAUCGGCUAAGGAACUUAUCUCUGGGGACCCUUGGUUAUGGAGAAAGCGAAGACAACAGGAUUGCUUUAAAAGUCUGUAAGCAGCAUUACAAGAAAGGGACCAUGUUUCCUUCUAAUGAGACACUGAAUAUUGACAGCGACAUUGAAAUAGACUGCAUUCACCUAGACCUUGAGGCCCUCUCCAAGGACACUCAGGACUGGAAGAAUUCAUCAUUCUUCAGGCUGGAAUUUUAUCGGCUCUUGCAAGUUGACAUCUCCUUUCAACUCAAAGGCAUUGACCUGCAGACGAUUCAUUCCCGAGAGCUUCCAGACUGUUACGUAUUUCAGAAUAUGAUUGUCUUUGACAAUAAAGCUCACAGUGGCAAAAUCAAAAUCUAUUUUAACAGUGAUGCCAAAAUCGAGGAAUGUAAAGACUUGAAAAUCUCUGGAUCUAUUCAGAAAAACACUCAGUAUGUCCUGGUGUUUGAUGCAUUUGUCAUUGUGAUUUGCUUGGCAUCUCUUAUCCUGUGCACAAGAUCCAUUGUUCUUGCGCUGAGGUUACGAAAGAGAUUCCUAAAGUUCUUCCUGGAGAAAUACAAGCGACACGUGUGUAAUGCCGACCAGAGGGAGUUUAUCAACCAAUGGUAUAUCCUGGUGAUUAUCAGUGACCUCCUGACAAUAAGUGGGUCCGUGUUAAAAAUGGAAAUUAAAGCCAAGAAUCUCACAAACUACAAUCUGUGCAGCAUUUUGCUUGGAACGUCUACGCUCUUUGUCUGGGUUGGCGUCAUCCGAUACUUGGGUUACUUCCAAGCCUAUAAUGUGCUCAUUUUAACAAUGCAAGCCUCGUUGCCAAAAGUUCUUCGCUUCUGCGCAUGUGCUGGUAUGAUCUAUCUGGGUUACACCUUCUGCGGCUGGAUUGUCUUAGGACCAUAUCACAACAAGUUUGAAAAUCUGAACACGGUUGCUGAAUGUCUGUUUUCUCUGGUCAACGGUGAUGACAUGUAUGCGACCUUUGCUCACAUCCAGCAGAAGAGCCAGUUGGUGUGGCUGUUCAGUCGCCUGUAUUUAUAUUCCUUCAUCAGCCUUUUCAUAUACAUGAUUCUCAGCCUUUUCAUUGCACUUAUUACAGACUCUUAUGACACCAUUAAGAAAUACCAACAGAAUGGGUUUCCUGCCACGGAUCUUCAGGAAUUCCUGAAGGAGUGUAGUAGCAAAGAGAAGUGUCAGGAAGAGUCACCAGCUUUCCUGUCCAGCAUCUGCUGUCUGAGGAGGAAUAGAAGUGAUGACCACUUGAUACUUAUUAACUAAAAUCCUCCUGCUGACGAUGAUCAAGUUUCAGGUCUCCCUAUUGAAUGACAAUGUAGAGGGGUCCCAAAUGGCUUGGACAAGCACUUCCAAAAACACCAAUUGUGGAUGGGGAAAGAGGACUGUCAGCUGGCUGAAUAGAACUGAAGUUCCAAAGUUCCUUUUUAUAAACUUGAAUGAUGAAGAACAGACCACAGUCACCUCCUGGGCAUUAGUGUCAUAGAGCAGUGACAGUGAAAAUCUGUCUUGGUCUUUUAAAUUAUGAUGUCAUAUUUCAGAGUGGGUAAAACAAUGGUAUUUAAAGCCAUGUAUUUAAAGAUGUGAGUUUAUCAUCAAAUACAGGUUUGUCUUAAAGUGAUUCUUGGGUGAGAAGACAUUUAUUAAUCCAUGGUCUGCACAAAACAGAAACUGGUUGCACUACCAACUUAGAAACUCAAUGCUGGAGAACUAUUAAGCCAUGUAAUACACUUAAAUCAACAAAAAGACCUCUUGCAGUGGACAUCUCUUGGCCUGUUUUCCUAUGGUCUUCUCAGGAUGAUCUGAAGAAACUGUUGGUAAAGUCAGUGGGAAGAAUUGGAAACAAAGUUGUUUGGACACCUUGUCACUUGUGCUCCUUGUUGGUUGUAUACCCGGGACAUGUGGACAUUAUACUACAGCCGUGGCCACUCAUUUCAACACCUGAACUCCACUGUGGUGGGGAUUUACCCUUGUCAAGCAAGGAAGGUGGUAUUUUUUUUUUCCAAAAUAAAUUAAAUUUAUUUUUAUCAUAACA